CUGUGGCAAUAACGCAGAAUCGUAAAAAUCUUUAGCAAUUCUAAGAAUGUGGCAGUUAUGAGAUGUCAAUAAGAGAUUGAUAGUUUCACGUGAUAGACACUGUUACCCUUGUCUUGUGAACCAAAUAUAUCUACAAAUAUUUCUAUAAGUACUAUUAGGAAAAUGGAGAACUCAACACAAUUCACGUCAUUUAUACUAGCUGGAUAUAGUGACAYUGGACACUUAAAGUACUUCUAUUUCAUUAUAAUAACUGUGUUAUACGUCUCCAUAGUUUUUACGAACACAGUGCUUAUUGUGGUUAUAUGUAUGGAGAGAAGCCUUCAUGAACCCAUGUAUCUGUUUCUGUGCAGUUUGUUUGUGAAUGAGUUGUAUGGGAGCACUGCGUUGUUUCCUGCUCUUAUGACUCAUUUGGUUUCAGAUGCCCAUUCAGUUUCCACUGUGUACUGUUACCUACAGAUCUUUUGCAUGUACACAUAUGGAUCUAUGGAAUUCUGCAAUUUAUCAGCCAUGUCCUAUGACAGGUACCUUGCUAUAUGUUAUCCACUACAGUAUAAUGUCGUCAUGACACCCAACAGGGUGGGUUUUUUAAUUUGUGUAAUAUGGUUGUACCCUUUUGCAAAAAGCAUCAUAACACUUUUUUUAACUAUUCGUUUGAAAUUGUGUGGGAACGUUAUAGACAAAGUGUACUGUGACAACUACCUGGUAGUGAAACUUGCUUGUUCAACUUCAGACACAACAGUUAAUAACAUCUAUGGACUCUACAGUCUUGUUUUGUCUGUUGUUGUCCCUUUAAUUACUAUUUUGUUUUCUUAUAUUAAGAUUCUGACUAUUUGUUUGAAAUCUUCCAUUGAGACCAGACAGAAAGCUUUCAGCACCUGUACUCCUCACCUGGCCUCACUGCUCAACUUCUCUUUCGGCUGUUUCUUAAAUCUGCUCCAGAGUAGAUUUGAUAGGCCUAUGAGAAAUGUUCCAACUGUACUUCACACUAUUUUAUCAGUGUACUUUCUGAUGUGCCAGCCACUUUUUAAUCCUCUUGUGUAUGGAGUUAGGAUGGCUAAAAUCAGACAGGCUUGUAAAAACAUACUACCUGUAGGUAUGUACCCUAAAACAUAAGCUAAACAUUAGUGUGACCUUUUCUGUCCUGAUUGUUAGAUUUUUGUGACGUGUGUGUUUUUGUUAUUUAUAGGCUAGUUGCAAUAAUGAAUGGGGUGAGGAUGGUGAAAAUCAGACAUGUAAAACAUUUGCUGAUUUGUGAAAUAUUGCCAUUUACUUGCUGUAAUUCUCUUGCUGGUCUCCAUUGGAUACCUAUCGUUCACAAAAUUGACUUAUCCUCCUCGUCUACAAAGCCCUAAAUGGCAUUGGACCCACUGACCUGUCAAACUUACUUUCCCCCUAUGAACCUCCACUCACUCUACGUUCAAGCCACGCCAAACCUGCUCCUCGCCCCUAGCACCUGGCUCCGCACAAUAGGGGACAUGCCUUUAACUACCAAGCACCCGCCUUUGGAACUCCCUUCCUGACAAUCUCAGGGCUGCUCAGACUGUUGGGGCCUUGAAAGCAGGCCUUAAGACUCAUCUCUAUCGGCUGGCCUUCCUUUCAUCCUACAUUUUGAUGUCAUGAUUCUAUAUAUAUAUAUAUAUAUACACACACACACACACACACACACACACACACAGU